AAAUGGGUGAUGAGAUCGAGGUCUUUUUCUUUUUGGUUUCAGUCAUCAUCAAUUAAGAUUGGACGAUUGACAACAGCUGCAUUGAUCAGUAAUUUCCUACCCAUCUUACCAAAUAGGGAAGAUGGGUAGGAAAUUCCCUCAGCUCGAUCAGUAAUUUCUUCGGCAGUGGUGUUGAGGAAUUUCCCAAAGCACAGACCAAUUAUUGAUCACAUGGGAACCCCGGACUUGCUCUAAUGUCACCGCCCCGUUUUACGAGUCUUCCAUAUCCAAUUUCCAAGUCAACUACCGUAUUCAACUGAUCAGAAACUCAAUGUUAUAUAGUGAAGAAACAAGGCCAUGAAGUUGUUCAAACACGUUAUUUCAUUUUUGAGCAAGGAUUUCUUAGUGGCCUUCUUUGUUUUUCUCCGGUGAAUUGGGAAUUUUCGGAUGGCUUCUGUCUUUCUCUUCGUUUUCUCUCUUCUCUCACACUUCGUGCUGCUUCUUUCGGCUCAGGAUGAAAUGGGAGACACCCAAAGAUGUGCACCCUUUCGCUGUGGACAUCUGGGGGAGAUUCACUUUCCAUUCACCAAUAACACAAACCCCGAAUGCGGUGUGUUAUUAGAUUGUCGGGAACAGAAUCCGACGAUAGUACUGGAGGGAAGACCAUAUGAAGUUCGAGGCAUCUCACAAAAAUCACCAGAUAACACCAUUAUAAUACAUAUCUCUGACUCACAGCUUUCGAAGUACUUGGAAUCCAAUACAUGCGAAUCCUUAACUAAUUUGCCUUUUCGCAGCUCUCCUUCGUUCAUCUCUUUUGAAAUCGCCACACCCAAUCAGACAUUUUUUAAAUGCCAUCGCCCUCCCGAUAUUCCUCCCCCUACAAAUUUUAAAAAAAAGAGCUGCAAGGACGACUAUAAUAUCUACUUUAGUAAUUCAAGCGACAGUUUUCCUACUUCUCUUCCUGGAUGUUCAAUUAUUCAGCUCCCAAAGAAUACGAGUCUAGAUCAUCCUCCGUCGCCAGGUGAUGAUGACCUGUUUAGGCUUUUAACCGCUGAGUUCGACCUUCGGGUGCGUGUAAUUGAGGAUUGUUACAAAUGUCAACAAAGAGGCGGUCAAUGUAAGGGAGGCGAUGACGGAAAACUUUAUUGUGACAAGGGAGAGAAAGGGAUCAGUAAAAAAAUGAAACUGGCGAUCGCAUUAGCUACUUUAUCUGCUGGAGUUGGAGUUGUACUUGUGAUGGUUGUAAUUUAUUGCUGCUUCAGGGGAAAGUUCUUAUCCAAUAAAACAAUUUAUUCUUGGAAGAAGGAAAGUCUAAGCCAUCAGACUGUCCAUGCAUUUCUAAAGAACCAUGGACCUCUUGCAAUUAAAAGAUACAGUUAUUCAGAGAUCAAGAAAAUGACCAACUUCUUUAGAGAUAAAUUAGGCGAAGGGGGCUAUGGUGGUGUCUACAAGGGACAGUUAGCAGACGGUUGUCUCGUAGCAGUGAAGGUUCUAAAAGAAUCAAGAGGCAAUGGAGAGGAAUUCAUUAACGAGGUUGCAAGCAUUAGUAGGACCUCUCAUGUCAACAUUGUCUCUCUUAUGGGCUUUUGCUUUGAGGGUUCUAAAAGAGCUCUCAUCUAUGAGUUUAUGCCAAACGGAUCUCUCGAGAAGUUCAUAUAUAAAGAAAGUCCUUCGAAGGCCAAUCGACGAUUAGAAUGGGAAACAUUAUACAAGAUUGCACUUGGCAUUGCUCAAGGAUUAGAGUACUUACAUAAAGGUUGCAACACACGAAUCUUGCAUUUUGACAUCAAGCCUCACAAUAUUCUGUUGGAUGAGAACUUUUGCCCAAAGAUUUCUGAUUUUGGCCUUGCAAAAAUAUGCCCAAGAGAAAAGAGUAUCAUAUCAAUGUUGGGUGCGAGAGGGACUGCAGGAUAUAUAGCUCCGGAAGUAUUUUGUAGAAAUUUUGGAGGGGUCUCUAACAAGUCAGAUGUUUAUAGCUACGGAAUGAUGGUUUUUCAAAUGGUUGGGGGAAGAAGGAAUAUAGAUAUCGAGAUUGAUCGUACCAGUGAAAUAUUCUUUCCGCAUUGGAUUUACAAGCGACUUGAACAAGAUGAAGAUCUAGGUUUGCAGGGCCUUAUGAAUGAAGGGGAUCACGAAAGUGCAAGGAAGAUGAUAAUUGUAAGUUUGUGGUGCAUACAAACUGAUCCUUCAAGCCGGCCAUCGAUGAGUAGAGUUUUGAAUAUGUUGGAAGGGAGUCUCGAAUCCUUACAAGUACCACCCAAGCCUUUCUUGUCUUCGCCAUCAAGAUCGCCAGAAGAUUCUUCAGCAGCAACGAGCUCUCUACAAUAUGAUUAUGUAAUGCCCUAAAAUGCAUCUUAAUUUCUUUAAAAGGAAACUUGAAUGUUGAGUAGUAACUAGUAUUUUUUGUGAAUUGCAUCAAUUAUUAGCUUCCAUCUUGAAUUUAUAAUGUUGCGAGUUCGAUCA